AGUCUGGCACAUUAUGAAGAGAAAAAAACUUUAGUGCUCAUGCGCGAGAAACAAGUGGAAUGCCUGCUAUCAACUCCUUGCACCAUCGGUGGACAUUACACAAAAUGUGUUACCUACUUAGCUUUCACUGACUUUUCUCUUAUGGCACACUCGAUGUGGUAACCAAAGUCUUCGUUAAGCAAGACAAUCGCCAUCACAUCCACCCAGCACUGAGUCGACCCUCUUGACUCUUAACUACUCAGUCAUGGACAAAGGUUUGGUACCAGGCAGGACCAGUUCGGUCUCAGAAGAGAUGGAGGGGAUAUGUGUGAUGCCAGAUAUGAGUGGCAUCAAGUCGGAGCACCCGGGUGGAAGUGCGGACAACACAGGUGCACAGAACGUGGCCAUGGGGAUCAAGUUCAUUCUGCCCAACCGCUUCGAUAUGAACGUAUGCUCAAGAUUCGUCAAGUCACUCAACGAGGAGGACAGCAAAAACAUCCAGGACCAGGUCAACUCCGAUUUGGAGGUGGCAUCUGUUUUAUUUAAAGCCGAGUGUAAUAUUCAGACGUCACCCUCACCGGGGAUACAAGUGCGUCAUGUUUAUACCCCGUCCACCACCAAACACUUCUCUCCCAUCAAACAGUCGACAACACUCACCAACAAGCACCGUGGUAACGAAGUGUCCUCCACUCCUCUUCUGGUCCACUCUCUGUCCAUUCACCAGCUAGCAGCACAGGGUGAAAUUGUUUUCCUAGCCAGCAGGAUUGAACAAGAGACUGUGAUUAACCUGCAGGAUGAGGAAGGCUUCACCCCCCUGAUGUGGGCUGCAGCACAUGGACAGAUUGCAGUCGUAGAAUUCCUGCUUCAGAAUGGAGCGGACCCCAACCUGUUGGCUAAAGGCAGAGAGAGUGCUCUGUCUCUGGCAUGCAGUAAGGGAUAUACAGACAUCGUGAAGAUGCUCAUCGAUUGUGGGGUGGACGUCAAUGAAUAUGACUGGAACGGCGGGGCUCCCGUGCUCUACGCUGUCCAUGGGAACCAUGUACCCUGUGUGGAAAUCCUCCUGGAAAGUGGAGCCGACCCCACCAUUGAGUCCGACUCUGGCUUCAACGCUAUGGAUAUGGCUGUGGCAAUGGGCCAUAGGAAUGUUCAACAGGUGAUGGAGGCCCAUCUACUGAAGCUGCUGAUGGGGAUGCGAGAGUGACCAGAGCCCAGGGAAAAGCCACUAACCUGGGGGACAUGAGGAAGGAUUGCCUGGGAAUGGAAAUGCAGUAUACAGCAGACGCCAUAAUGAAGAAAGAAAUGUCUGAGGACAAUCGUGAAGCACGUCUGAGGCUGAUGUGUGAAACGUUUAGGAAGCAUGUGUGUGAGUAUUUAGGCACCCCAUGUAUCUGUUCUGGGUAGACGUCCUAUUGAGUUUUAUAACAAACCAUGUAAGAAACUAGUGCAUAAACCCAAACGUCUGCACAAAUCAUGCAUUAAUAAUGGGGGAUGUUGAAAGUUGAGUUAAUUGCACACGUCAUUUGAGAAUUCUGCCCCUCAUGAAAAGGGUAUUGGCAUGAAAGUAAAACAGCCUAGUGGGUCAACUGCCGCAACGACUAAUAGCAUCGACUUCUAUGCUGUUUUGGUGCCCUAGCUCCCACGUAAUGGCAUUCAGCGAACCUGUGCACAUACUGUGUGUGACGGAACAAAGUCUUGCAUCUCAAUAUCUACAGUGCUGCUCGUGGCAACGUCAUUUCGCAGGCUACUUUUAACAAGUUGUGGUGAAAUUAAGUACAUUAACAAUAAAGUAAUAAAAUUGGUCCCAUGUUACAUGAGCUGAAAUAUUAUUUAAAAAUACAUUUAAAACAUUUUCCAUAGCCACAAAAAGCUUCUGCUGGGUCCUGCUGUAGGUAGGUUGUAGUUUAAUGUAUAUUUGUGUUUAUCUGCCCGACUUCAUUGGAAGAUAUGGUUGAAAUGCCAUCCUAGGGUACAUUAGUGUUGUAGAAUGUUCCUUCAGAUUUUUGCUGGUGCUGCUUUAUUGUAAAUAAACACCUUGUAAACCAUCUUCACCAAAUUCAGUGGACAGAUCAUGUCCCAUUUAUCUGUACAAGUAAUUUAUUCAAAGUAAACGCUGUGCACGUCAGCGCAAGCGUAAAUGGACUUUAAGUCACAUUGUUGGCAGUCCAGCGCACUACUCUGUACCAUGCCUUAGUUGACCAUGGGGUGCAAUGAAAACAUUUUUUUUUUUUAAGUAAUCAGAGAAAAUAUAAAUUGACAAUAGCAAAAUGUUUAUUCCAGAUAUGGUUUCAGCCAGACUGCAAAGAAAUCAGGUUCAUAUGGAAGAAACAGCUGAAGAGAAUAUGAAGAGCACGAACCUCAGACAACCCGUACAAUCUCUCACUGACUCAAACUGGACACGGACACCACAGUGCACAAAAAAAGCAUUUGAGUCGGGUGGCAAGAAAUUUUAAAAAA